UUCUUUGCUGCUGAUGUGUGAGGGAGCAGCCUGUGCUGGGCGUCGUGUCACUCCUGUGCCACAGACAAUCCUCUCCCUUAAAGGUUCCCAGCCUGGACGUGGAACAUGUAAUGUAGGAAUUCUUCCUGCUGCUUACUCGCCAUAUUGCAGGAUAUAGAGGAACCCAGGAGAUCCUCAUCGGAGUUGGGUUUCCAGACAUACAAACACUCCUUCUGAUGGCGUCCAAACUUUUGAGAGCUGUCAUUCUAGGACCCCCGGGAUCUGGCAAAGGGACCGUGUGCCAGAGAAUCGCCAAGAACUUCGGGCUGCAGCAUCUGUCCAGUGGUGAUUUCUUGAGACAGAACAUCCGAUCCAACACUGGGGCGAAUAUUGGGGCAGCUCCACCAUAUGUGCGAAAGAGAGCCGAUGCCCGCUCCACACCUCCAGCAGACCUCAGGAAUCUCCGGAUUAAGUCUAUGAAGGAACUCCGGUGUUUUAUACCAGCGGAGGCCGGAGUGUUAGCCAAGCAGUAUAUGCAACAAGGUCUUCCCGUCCCUGAUGAGCUCAUCACUCGUGUCAUGCUUUCAGAGUUGGAGAAGAGGACGACGCACAGCUGGCUGCUAGACGGUUUUCCCAGGACCCUGGUGCAGGCAGAGGCUCUUGAUAAGAUCAGUGACCUGGACCUGGUAAUCACAUUAAACAUCCCAUUUGAGACCCUAAAGGAUCGUCUUAACACACGGUGGGUUCACCUGCCCAGCGGGAGAGUCUACAAUCUGGAAUUCAACCCUCCUCAAGCGCACGGCAUUGAUGACGUCACCGGGGAGCCACUUGUCCAGCAUGAGGAUGAUAAGCCCGACGCAGUGGUGACCAGACUGCGCCAAUACAAAGAUGUUGCCAAACCGGUGAUAGAGCGAUACAAGGGUAAAGGAAUUCUUCACUCAUUCUCAGGAACCGAGACAAACAAAAUCUGGCCGUACAUCUACACACUCAUGAGCACCAGAACUACCCCGGUACACCCUGAGGACACCAGCCAAGCCUUCCGCCCUGAGGACUCAUAGACACCCCGGUUAUUUAUUGUCUGUGUGCAGUAUCCAUGUGGUGCUAUGUCCUCACUGUAGAUGAGUCGUUUAUGCUGUUUUGUUACAUUUUCUUCUCUUUCAGGAGCUUUAAACAAUUACGUCUAGAAAUACAAUGUUUUCUAAAUGUGUUCAUUCUUUCCCAGAGCAUCAACCAAUGAACUCUCCACUGCACUUAUCUGGAUAAUUUUGAACAUUAUCUAUAUGACAUAUCAGAUGACUGGCCGUGUGACCUUUAUGAUAUUAUUCUGUAUUUUUGUGAGGGAAAAAUAAUCUAUAUAUAUAUGUCAAAGGAUUUUUUGUAAUACUAUUAGAUGUAAAGCAUAAUAACAGUAGACUAUGGGCCCCAUGCAUUCAAAAUGUAUGAGAGGCAGAAGUGACCUUGUUGUCCAUGAGAACCAAUCAGAACUCAGCUUUCAUUUUGGAAACCUGCAUAGGGGCGGGGGAACAUGGAUUCUGAUUGGUUGCUAUUAGGCCUAUAGUGCCUAUACAGACCGAAGACAGUCAGAGAUUACAUAGCACCCUGGGCAGAUUUAUCAGUGCUGAUGCAGGGCAUAACCCCCAUCAUUUGAAUCUUCAUUUUCAGGGCAUUUUUAAAUUACGCCUUCAGAAAUGCUAAUAUUAGGGCACAUUAUCAUAAACUCUUCCCCUCUUUAAUGUCAGUUUUGUAGGACAAUCCCACAAAAAAAACAGGAGUGUUGGGAAAUAUAAAGGAGGGGCAUAGUUGUUAAGAAUCCCAGUGAUUUGCAGGGAUUGUACAGAAUUUUGGCUUGGUGUAUGUUCGGCGCAUGCACUGUACAGGGAUGGAGCGCACGCCGAUCACUAUCCCUGUACAGCGUGUGGGCUGAAAUCGCACCUUCGGGGCCAGGCGUGAAUAUGUUUUCAGUGCCUGGCCUGAUAGUCUUAGCAUUCGAGGGGGCAGAAAAGCAGGCAGGGUGACAGAUGCCCUUUAAUGAUAGUUUGUCCCCCAUGCAGUUCUCAUUAGCCUAUGUAAAGGCCUGGUAAACAGGUGACUUGUUUCUAUUAUGGUCCUGCAGGUCGUGCAAAAAGAUUCUUAUAUGCCACAAGGGUCAAGGUCCGGGACAAAUGUACUGCCUUUACCAAAUCUUAGUGAUAUCCUUCUGUACUUUGGCGCCUACCGAGGCUGUAGUCAAGCAUCCCACCAGGUCUCAAACUGCUGGGCUGCCCCAGAAGACAGGGCCGGAGGUUGUGGGGGCUCAUGAACCUAUGGGUGACACAGCUUUUCUGUCCAACAGGAGGGUCAUCUUAUAAAAGCACCUGGAAUAUUUUGCCAACCAGGCACAAUAGAGGUGAGGGUGUGCAUAUGCCGUCAACCAGGAUCCCAUCACCAGUGACUUUUAGCACCCAUGGGGUCACCACUCCAGAGGCAAUUUUGCACCUUGGGAUUUCAAGCUAUGCCAUUGUUGAUCCCAUCUUAGGUUUUUCACCUCCGUCACACUAAUGGAUCUGCCCCGGUCUUGACAAUGAGGUUCAGAUCAUAUGAUUCCCGGAUCUUGUGCUCUCCAUUACUGAGAGCAAUGCAGACCCGGUGUAUGAAGAUUUAUGGCACAAGAGGUAUUAUUAUUUUUGUCAUUAUCAUCAUAUCAUCCAAUAUGAUUAAAAUACAAAUUCUUAAACUGUGA